AUGUCCCGUGUUAUUGUUAAAGGGCUACCAGUCUAUCUAACAGACGAUAAGUUGAAAGAACAUUUCAUUAAAAGGUUAACUCAUAAGCAUAAUAAUUCGAAUUCCCAGAACCUUAUUACAGAUGUCAAGAUUUUAAAGGAUAAAAAUGGUAACAGUAGAAGGUUCGCAUUUAUUGGGUUUCGUAAUGAAGAUGAUGCAUAUGAUGCAGUAGAUUAUUUCAACGGCUCCUACAUUGAUACUGCAAAAUUAAAUGUUUCUAUAGCUAAAAGUUUUGCUGAUCCAAAUGUUCCACAACCAAUGAAAGAAAAGAAGAGAGAAGCUUUAAAAAGAAUUAGAGAAAGAGAAGAAAAAUUAAUUGGAGGAAAAAAUAAGAAACAGAAAUCAAAGCAUGAUAAUAAGAAAGUAUCAUCCAUUGACGCUGAGAUUGAAAAAAAUAAACAGCUACAAGAAUUUAUCGAAACAAUGAAGCCAUCUUCAAAAGUCCCAUCUUGGGAAAAGGUUACAAGUACUGCUGAAUCUAAUCCUCUCCUAGAUGAGCUUACAGUUGAUAAUAGCAAUUCAGAGUCUUCCACAUCAAACCCACUUUUGUCCCAAGCCUUAGCGAUGAAAAGUGAUAAUGAUAGCGACGAUGAAUAUAUAGAUUUCCAAUCUAAACCAGAGAAAAAUGAAAAAUCAAAUGAACAAAUUAUGUUACUUGAUUCUUUGGAGAAAUCACAGAAAAAUUCAGACGAUGGUGAUGAUGAUGAUGAUGAGUUAUCGAAUGAAAUAGCUAAGGAUGAAGCUGUGUCAGAUUUAGACUGGUUAAAACAACGUCGCGUUAGAAUAAGAAAUGGUGAAAAUGUACCAGUUAAGGUUGAUUUAGAUAAUGAUACUCAAAAAGAAAUCACCCACUCAGAAGAAGCUGAAGAACAGACAAGUAAAAAAACAGAUGAAGAAAUAGCAAUUGAAAAAAUUUCUGCUACAGGUAGAUUAUUUCUUCGUAAUAUUUUAUAUACUUCUACUGAGAAUGAUUUUAAAAAGCUAUUCAGUUCGUUUGGUGAGAUUGAUGAAGUCCACGUUGCACUCGAUACCAGAACUGGUAAAUCCAAAGGGUUUGCUUAUGUGUUAUUUAAAAAUCCAGCAGAUGCAGUGCAAGCAUAUAUUGAAUUAGAUAAACAAAUUUUCCAAGGUAGAUUAUUACACAUCUUACCUGCAGAUUCUAAGAAAAAUCAUCGUUUGGAUGAAUUUGAUUUGAAAAAUAUGCCCUUAAAGAAGCAAAAGGAACUAAGAAGAAAAGAUAAUGCAACUAAGCAUACUUUCUCUUGGAAUUCUCUAUACAUGAACCAAGAUGCUGUCUUGAGUAGUGUUGCUAGCUCUUUAGGCUUAGAGAAAUCUCAGCUUUUAGAUCCUGAAAAUUCCAAUUCUGCUGUUAAACAAGCUUUAGCUGAAGCCCAUGUUAUUGGUGAUGUUAGAAAAUAUUUUGAAUCAAAAGGUGUUGAUUUGACUAAAUUUAGUCAAAUGCGUUCUGCUAACGAUAAAGAUGAUACUGUUAUUUUAGUUAAGAAUUUCCCAUUUGGUACGACAAGAGAAGAAUUAGGUGACUUAUUCUUGCCGUUUGGUAAGUUAACAAGAUUUUUAAUGCCAAAUGUUGGCACUAUUGCUAUUAUUCAGUAUAGAGAUAUAACUUCUGGUAGGGCAGCUUUUACCAAAUUAGCAUAUAAAAGAUUUAAAGAUGGUAUUAUAUAUUUAGAAAAGGGGCCAAAGAAUUUAUUCACAAGAGAACCUUCCAGUGAUGAAAGCCUUGAAUCUGAAGAAAAAUCUGAAGUUGAAGCAAAGGAAGUUAAACUUUCUUCUCAUGAUAUUAUGGAAAAGAGAGAAGAGUCUAGCGAAAAAAGAACAGACGAUGAUGGCGAUGAAGAUAUUGUAGAUGGUCCUACUGUUUCAAUUUUCAUUAAAAAUUUGAAUUUCACGACUACUACUUCACAAUUAGUUGAAAGAUUUAAAUCAUUUGGUGGGUUUGUCGUUGCCCAAGUUAAAACUAAGCCAGAUCCAAAGGAUAGUCAAAGAACCUUAUCCAUGGGUUUUGGUUUUGUUGAAUUUAGAACGAAAGAACAAGCUUUAGCUGUAAUUGAAGCUAUGGAUGGUUCUGUAAUUGAUGGUCAUAAAAUUCAAAUGAAGCUUUCACACAGACAAGGUACUAAUAAUAAUAGCAAUAAUGCCAAGGAUAAGAAGAAGAAAAGUAGUAAGAUCAUUGUCAAGAAUUUGCCAUUUGAAGCUACUAGAAAAGAUAUAUUUGAAUUAUUUAGUUCAUUUGGUCAAUUGAAAUCCGUUAGAGUACCUAAAAAGUUCGAUAAGUCUGCGAGAGGUUUUGCAUUUGUUGAAUUUUUAUUGCCAAAGGAAGCAGAAAAUGCAAUGGAUCAAUUACAAGGUGUUCAUUUACUAGGUAGAAGACUAGUUAUGCAAUAUGCUGAACAGGAUGCUGUGAAUGCUGAAGAAGAAAUUGAAAGAAUGACAAAGAAGGUCAGAAAACAAGCUGCUACAAGAGAAUACGCACAAAUUAAGAAUGAUGGGGGUAGAAAGAGGAUUGAAAUUGAAGAAGGGGAAAAUGACGAAUUCGGUGGGAUGUAA